AUGCCUCCUGAGAAGGACAUUGUGGCUCUCGGCAAUCGAUUAAACCUUUCUAUGGCUGUCAUUGUGAGAGCGGUUAUGACCAAGAGAGCAGCUUUCAAGAGUGAGAAACAACAGCCGAAGGAAGGACGGCAUCAAAAACAACGAAGAGUGGUGACGACGAGCACUGGUGACACCGGUACUCAUCGGAUGGGGAGGGUUCAAAGGAGGUUUAGGAAGCUGGCAUGGGGAGAGUCCCUAUCGAUACCUUUAGAGAGGCUCAUGCUGGUGCCGUGUGAGCCUAGGUCCAUCUCCGAUAGAGAUUUGAUAUCUUAUCACACGACCUAUGCAGCACGACUUGGCAUGGUCGUCUCCACUAAAGACGAUAAACAAUCGAUGCAAUCAUGUCCUGAUAAUAAUGAUGAUGAUGAAUUGAAGCAAGUGAGUACUCCGACGAUGACUAUGGAGGAAGACGACGACGAUGAAGAGGAGGAGGAAGAGGAGGAAGAGGAGGAGGAGGAAGAGGACGACGAAGAGGAGGAAGAGGAGGAGGAAGAGGAGGAGGAGGAGGAGGUGAAGGAAGAUGAUGAA